AUGUCCUCCAUGCGCAAUGCUGUUGCGAGGCGCAACCAUAAAGAAAGAGGCCAGCCAGAAGAACGGAAGCGACUAGGCCUGCUCGAGAAACACAAGGAUUACAGCCUCCGAGCGAAGGAUCAUAACCAAAAAAAAGCUAGUCUCAAAGCCCUCCGUCAGAAAGUAGUCUCGAGAAAUCCUGAUGAAUUUUACUACGGCAUGCUGUCGCGGUCGGGGCCGUCGGCCAUGGGAAAGAAUAGAACGGGGACCGUGAAUGGGGAUAGAGGGAAUACGGCGAUGAGUGUGGAGACGGUAAGGUUGUUAAAGACGCAGGAUGUGGGGUAUGUAAGGACGGCGAGGAACCAGACUAUCAAGGAAGUGGCGGCGCUGGAGGAGAGGAUUGCAUUUAUGGAAAACGGAUGUGCCAGUUUGAAGGGCGAAGAUAGGAUGCCGGCGGGGAAUAAGACGGUGUUUGUGGAGGACGAUGAGGAAAUGGAGCUGCGUGCGCAGGAAGCCGAGUGGGAGGUUGAGGCGGAGAUGGAAAAAGAUACGAGCCUUUCUAUCGAGGAGAAGAAUUUGAGGAAGUUGCAGAGGAGGGAGAAAGAAAAGCUGGAGACUAGGUUACAGGUUGCAAGGGAGCGGUUAAAGUCUUUGACGGAGGCGGAGAAUGCACUUGAGAUACAGAGGGCCAAGAUGGCGAAGACGGGGACGGUGGGUGGGGUCAAUAAGCAUGGUGUGAAGUUUAAAAUCAGGGAUCGGAAGAGGUGA